AUGCGUAUUCGCCUACAGCCUCGCAGGAGACCACAAGGUAAGCGACCCCCAGGUAAGCUGAAUGUUGCUUUGUUGUCUUUGCCUGCUCACCGUCUCCAUUUCAGCAAUGAGCUAGCUCAACGGCUAGACAACCUUCCUAUCGCUGCUGCCGCCGACGACGCCGCCGCCGACGCUGCCGAGAACGCCUCCGUGGAGAACCGCUGGUGUCAACUGCGAGACACGGUCCAGUCGACGGCGCUCGCCGUCCUCGGUCGCGCUCCGCGCCAACACCAGGACUGGUUCGACGACAACGACGCCGCCAUCAGAAAUCUGCUUGCAGAGAAGAACCGCCUACACAAAGCCUACGUAGAUCACCCCACUGAGGACAACAAAGCUGCCUUCUACCGCAGUCGCCGACAGCUUCAGCAACGACUGCGCGAGAUGCAGGACGCCUGAACUGCUCGCAAAGCUGAGGAGAUCCAAGGCUACGCGGACCGCAACGAAUGGAAGAACUUCUUCUCCGCGAUCAAAGCUUUAGACGGUCCGCCGACGAAGGGCACUGCUCCUCUCCUCAGCGCCGACGGCAGCACUCUCCUGACUGAGAAGACGCAAAUCCUACAGCGAUGGUCCGAGCACUUCCGAGGCGUCCUCAACCGCCCUUCCGUCAUCUCCGACGCCGCCAUCGCCCGCUUGCCGCAAGUGGAGACCAACGUGGACCUCGACCUCCCGCCAUCUCUCCAGGAAACGAUCAAGGCCGUGCAGCAGCUCUUCUGA